AGAGUGAGGAGAAGCGGUGUUCAGGUGUUUCGGUCGACCGGCGGAGAUUUUAUUACACUCGGCCACCUUUGUAAAAAAAAAAAAAACUCGGACUGUAAGCGGUAGAAGGGGUGCCCCGUCCAAACCACGUGAUCAAAUGCGGAAAUUGUAGAGAAAGUGCAGCGGAGAAAAGAGGGGAGUGGAGGGUCUGGUGUCCGUUUGUGUUUUGAGCUGCUGGUGCUUCCACUUGCUGCUCCAAACUGGUCCUCCACACACACUCACAGACGGACACGGUUUCUGCUGUCUCUACAGGCACACGAUCGACUCUCACCUGUCGUGAAUGAAGUGAGUAAGAAAAGCGAGGACUCUGACACUGAUCUUCGUCCGUUUCGUCUUUGUCCCAAGCCUUGGCUAAACUAAAAAGAAGGAAGUACAAACCACAAGAGUUUCUUGGGGUCACUGGCCUCACAGAUGGUCGUUCUGAGGUCAGACGGCUGAGAUGACAAGGCUGUGACAGCGUGUGUCCAAGUGUGUCUGUACUGGACCAAUUCCUGUGACAUGGCCGCUGCUAAGAAGAGUUGUGCGAAGGCAGGAGGCGUACGCUUCUCAGAGGAGCCCCCCGCUGCCGGAGCCCCAUCACAUGUUCACUUUGACGAAAAGCUGCAUGACUCCGUCGUCAUGGUGACUCCAGAGGAUGACGGCAACUUCAUGGUCAAGGUUGGCUUCCUAAAGACGCAGCACCGAUAUGAAAUUGUGUUCAACUUGCCCGAGGUCCCAGCUCUGGGGAAGGAUGUGUGUCCGGCACCUGUACCCAGUCCACACCUCCGGAUCACUGACAUCACACCGGCACCAGAGGGAGGUCUGAAGGUAACGUGCGAGUACAUGGCCCAGCAGGAGGGAGUCCUGUGCGAGGAAGUGCUGCUGCUGAGCGAGACCAACGAGGACGUGUGCGUCAAAGUCAAAGUUCACGCCAGAGUCAUGGACCGUCACCACGGGACACCCAUGCUGCUGGAGGGAGUCCGCUGCAUCGGGGUGGAGUUGGAGUACGACUCUGAACAGAGUGACUGGCAAGGAUUUGACUAAAGCUCAGAUUCCUGCUCCAAUUUCCUCAAACAGCACACAAAUACACACACACACACAUACACACACGCACCUGCCAUCGUAGAACUGUACACCUACUAAAACACACACACACACACACACACACGUGAUUUCGUGCCACAUGCAGCAUUUCAGGCACCGGUGUGGUGCAUCCCAGCUCGUGUGUCCUGAGAGCAUUUACAUACAAAAACAUUCCUCUGCUGUGACUUUCAGCUCAACAUCGACAGCAUCUGAACGGACAUUUGUCUGUGUGCUGCUUCUUUCUGCAGCUUCUCUUCCUUUUUCUUUUCCUUCGUUCCGUCCUGUCUGAGCCUGUGUUUCCCUCUCUGGGCCUCUGGAGGGCAGCGGCGCUCUGUGAACCAGUGCAGGCUCAGAUCCUCUUCUCUGCCUCUUGUGCUCCGGUUCACUAUUUUCCUGAUGUGCAAGAUGUGCAGACUUUCUCCCACAUAAAUUUAUAGCCGCGAGGGUGUUAAAAAAAAGGGCUCGUUUAUUUAAUUUCAAGCUUUGAAAAGAAGGAACAAGUCUGCACAGUUCAGGGAAAUCCUGCUGAACUGAGAAGCAGCGCAGAGCCUGUAAUGUCUCUGUUUCACCAUAGGGGGGCAGAGCAGACCGCUGUAUGUGAUGCUCCCCAUCGUGAAGGCUAUGCUUAGCUGUGGUGUGGUCACGUUUCUCCAUUUAAAGGAAAAAAUCCAACUUUGACAUUCUUAAACAUUUAUAUAAUUUAGGUCUUUCGGGUUCACUGCAUUUCAGGGGCUGCCACGGACUUUUCUGUUGUGCUUCACCUCAGCUUGCCCUCGUUACUACUUCUACUUACUUUUUUCCAGACUGCCUUUUAGUCAAUCCCAAAGAGUGGGUGUGAAGCUGAUUCAGUAGGUGAAUGUGUUGAUAUCAUGUGCAGCAGCAAAAAUGGAGAGGGUUCUUUUACUGUCAUGAAAAACAGAAAAUAAUGCUGUUUUUUUUUUUCUCUAUAUGAAGAGGAAUAAAAGGAAAGUCUGAUGUUUUAGAUCACUAUUUCAAAAUUUUAUGCCACAACAUUUCUUUGUUGUUGAGCUCUAAAUGUCUUGACACACUGCUUUGUCUGGCCACUUUCCACUGAAUUAAAAAAAAAAAAAAAAACAACAACUCGAUAACAACAAAAGCAAAACCGGUUCAGAAAUUCAAUGUACUGUACACAGCCAACAGCUGCUUUUUAAGGCUAUUAUAUAGAAUUGAAAUUAUUAGUCGAUCAACAGACAAAUUAAUCCACAGCCAUUUUGGUAAUUGAUUCAUCCGGUUCCCGCUUUGCAGAUGUAAGGAUUUUCUGCAUUUCUCUGUCUGUUUUAUAUUAUUGCAGAUUUAAUCUCUUUGUGUUUUGUAGAGUCUCUGGGGAAUAUGAAAAUAAUCAAUGGUUGGAGGCCUUGCUUUAAAGUGUUUUGGGUGGAUUUUUCCUUUAUGAAAUCCCUGCUGCAGCAAGUCCAGUAAACUUUGGGAAGUGUUAACUUUUUUCAUUUUUUUUUUAAAUUCAAGAAGCCUUCAGAAAGACACACUCGACGUAAGUGCCUUUCAUCACAUCUUCCUGUUUCUCACUUUACUUAAUGUUGUUUUACCAUCCACAGUAAAUCUGUAUCACACAGACUGGAAAAACUGCCAGACAAACACAUGGACCAGUUUGGAGUAAUGGGGGGGCAGUGAGUAUUGGGGACAAGGGGAAAUAAAAGAAGUGUUGCCGUUAACGCUCCAGUAUAACAGCUGCCUGUUUGUUGUCUUUCUAGUGUUUAAUCCCACCACACCCACCAGUCUGCCUGGCGUAUUUGACUCUCAGUCCCAUCGGUCUUAUCACAGUACGAGUGCAGAUCAGAGAGAGUCGGCGGGCAGUAUCACCAUAACGGCCUGUCAGCUCUGCUUAAUUUUCAUUUGGGCUUAAAGAGCAAGUGCCAUGAUCUGGCUGCACUGCCAUCUUCCUACCAUGCCCCUCUUUCUCUUCUUCCCUCCUGUUAAUCAUGUUUCAUCGUUUGUUUUUGUUCCGUUAUACCCUGUUGAAUGCAUUCAGCCUUAAAGGAAACGACUGUGUUCAUCUUUUCUAUGUGUUAGACCACGAGCUGUUGGUGUAGUACAGGUUAAAUAGAUUUCUUUGAUGUUGGCUUGCGUGUAAUAGGUCAAAAUCUGGUUUGUUCCCUCUUCGUGUGAAACUGAAGUGCUCAGUAGGUUACUGUUCUAAGAAUGUAGCAGUUUAUUUGUUGAUAUCUGCUCCCUGUGUGUGUGAUUUGUAUUUUUAAUGUCAGAAAUGAAUAAAAACGCGUGUAUAUUUGA